AUAGUAAAAAUAUUUCAUAUAUAAACAUGUAGCUAGCUACAAGUUACACAAGCCCCAUACAUCAUUUCAUAUUCUUGUUUCAAUAUUAUUCCUCUCAUCUUCUUCACUCACUAUAUUUGUUUGGUUUUGCUUCACUGCAGAAACUUAUCUUCACAUUAACAAAAUGAUGAGAAGAAACUGCAACUUGGAACUUCGUCUUGUGACCCCCUCGUCUGAUGAUCAUGCGGUCGGAGGAGAAAAUAUUUGCCAGCACCAGUCAAUGAUCGAAGAGGUGACGAAUAGGAAUCCACGGGAUACUCAGACGCUAACGAUAUUCUACAACGGUACAGUCAGCUCCUGUGAUGUUACUGAGAUUCAGGCUAGAUCCAUCAUAUCAGUGGCAAGUGAAGAACUGGUGAGAGAGAAUAAUGAAGCAACCACACCAACUUUGUCAGAGACAUCAUCGGAGUCUUGUCGGAAGCCCCAAGUGAUUUAUAAGCAAAAUACAGGUCUUUCCAUGAAAAGAUCUUUGCAGCAGUUUCUUCAAAAGAGGAGGACUAGGAUCCAGGCUACAUCACCUUAUUGUACUCAAUAGAUAUAUUUAUGCAUCUCUACAUGCUAAACUCAUUCUUAUAAGGGCUUUGGUUUCUGAAAGAAUUUCAUUUCUCACUCAGAUUUAACGAGACAUUUUGUUCCACUA